AUGUUCCGUAACGCCCUUAGACAGUCCACGCGCGCCGUGAGCGCAAUCUCUGCCUCGGGUAGAGUCGUUGCGACACGAAAUGCCGCACCUGCCGCCUUCAACAUCCAGGCCCGAUCCUACGCCGAUGCGAAAGCUUCCCCCACAGAGGUCUCUUCCAUUCUUGAGCAGAGGAUUCGUGGUGUAUCAGAGGAAUCCAGCUUAGCUGAGACUGGUCGUGUCCUCUCCGUUGGUGAUGGUAUCGCGCGUGUGCACGGUAUGGCCAACGUCCAGGCCGAAGAGCUCGUCGAAUUCGCUUCCGGUGUGAAGGGAAUGUGCAUGAACUUGGAGGCUGGACAAGUUGGUGUCGUGCUUUUCGGUUCUGACCGUCUCGUCAAGGAGGGUGAAACCGUUAAGCGUACCGGAGAAAUUGUCGAUGUCCCCGUCGGCCCGGAACUACUUGGACGUGUUGUCGACGCUUUGGGUAACCCUAUCGAUGGAAAGGGCCCCCUCAACACCAAGGAGAAGCGCCGUGCUCAGCUCAAGGCCCCUGGUAUCUUACCCCGACAGUCCGUCAACCAGCCCGUCCAGACUGGCCUCAAGUCCGUCGAUGCCAUGGUGCCCAUUGGCCGUGGUCAGCGUGAGUUGAUCAUUGGUGAUCGUCAGACCGGAAAGACUGCUGUUGCCCUCGACGCUAUGCUCAACCAGAAGCGAUGGAACGCCUCUAACGAUGAGACCAAGAAGCUUUACUGUAUCUACGUCGCCGUUGGUCAGAAGCGAUCUACUGUUGCCCAGCUCGUCAAGACCCUUGAGGAGAACGAUGCCAUGAAGUACUCUAUCAUCGUCGCUGCUACUGCUUCCGAGGCCGCUCCUCUGCAGUACAUUGCUCCUUUCACCGGUGCCUCGAUCGGCGAGUGGUUCCGUGACAACGGCAAGCACUCUCUCGUUAUCUACGACGAUCUGUCCAAGCAGGCCGUCGCUUACCGUCAAAUGUCUCUUCUCCUACGUCGUCCCCCCGGACGUGAGGCUUACCCCGGUGACGUUUUCUACCUCCACUCCCGUCUGCUGGAGCGUGCUGCCAAGAUGAACGACAAGCUCGGUGGUGGUUCCAUGACUGCUCUGCCCAUCAUUGAGACCCAAGGUGGUGAUGUCUCUGCCUACAUUCCCACCAACGUCAUUUCCAUUACCGAUGGCCAGAUCUUCUUGGAGGCUGAACUUUUCUACAAGGGUAUCCGACCUGCCAUCAACGUCGGUCUGUCCGUGUCUCGUGUCGGUUCCGCUGCCCAGCUUAAGGCCAUGAAGCAAGUCGCUGGUUCGCUCAAGCUUUUCUUGGCCCAGUACCGUGAAGUCGCUGCAUUCGCCCAGUUCGGUUCCGAUCUGGAUGCCGCUACCAAACAGACCCUCAACCGUGGUGAACGUUUGACCGAGCUUCUCAAGCAGAAGCAAUACUCCCCUAUGGCCGUCAACGAGAUGGUUCCCCUCAUCUUCGCCGGUGUCAACGGUUACCUCGACCAAGUGCCCGUAAACAAGGUUCUACAGUGGGAGGCCGAUUUCCUGGCUCACCUGAAGACAAACGAGUCUGACCUGCUCGCUACUAUCGACAAGGAGGGUGCGCUCAGCAAGGACCUCGAGCAAAAAUUAAAGGACGUCGUCUCUAGCUUCACCAAGAGCUUUAUCGCUUAA